GGAGGGAGAUCAGCUUCCAGGGCUGCAGGAGGCUGCUAUCAGGUUCUCAGUCUCUCCUGUAAAAAAAGAAGAUGAUGGAGAGGAAGCUCAGUCCUCUCAGCUUCAUCAAAGACAAACUGAACCGAUGGAGACAGAAGCUGAUGGAGCGCAUUGUGGAGGCCCAGAACCAGACAGGAAGUUAUAUCCAGGAAGCGAUCCAGGACCAGAUACUGAUGAGACUGAGUACAGUGAUGAUGGGGAGGAGACUCAGGAACCUCAGUCAGAUGAGAACCCUCUGCUAAACAAAGAAGUCCCUGUAAGGGAUGUGAACUGUAGUCCUGGAACUACAUCAAGCAGCUCGCCUGCAUGUGCUGCACGCUCUGACCACCAGGGACAUCUGGAGAAACCCAGCAGCUCCAAAACAGGAGAGAAAACAGUUCAAUGCUCUGUGUGUGACAAAAUAUUUAGAUUCAAUUACGAGCUAAAGAGACACAUGACUGUCCACACAGGAGAGAAACCAUUUAAAUGCUCUCUUUGUGACAAAAGAUUUGGAUUCAAUAACGAUCUAAAGAGACACAUGGCUGUCCACACAGGAGAGAAACCAUUUAGUUGUUCUAUAUGCGAUAAAACAUUUCGACAUAAAAGAAACCUGCCCUAUCACAUGAAUAUCCACACAGGAGAGAAACCAUUUAGUUGUUCACUUUGUGAUAAAACAUUUCCACAUAAAAGUAGCCUGAUCUCUCACAUGAAUAUCCACACAGGAGAGAAACCAUUUAGUUGUUCACUUUGUGAUAAAACAUUUCAACAUAAAAGAAACCUGACCGAUCACAUGAAUAGCCACACGGGAGAGAAACCAUUUAGUUGUUCAGUGUGUAGCAAAACAUUUAAACAAAAGGGACACCUGAACGCUCACAUGACUGUCCACACAAGAGUCAAACCAUUUAAAUGCUCUCUUUGUGACAAAAGAUUUGGAUUAAAUAACUAUCUAAAGAGACACAUGGCUGUCCACACAGGAGAGAAACCAUUUAGUUGUUCUAUAUGCGAUAAAACAUUUCGACAUAAAAGAAACCUGCCCUAUCAUAUGAAUAGCCACACAGGAGAGAAACCAUUUAGUUGUUCACUUUGUGAUAAAACAUUUCCACAUAAAAGAAACCUGACCUCUCACAUGAAUAUCCACACAGGAGAGAAACCAUUUAGUUGUUCAGUUUGUGAUAAAACAUUUUCAAAAAAGCCCAAUCUGACACGACAUUUAAUUAUCCACACUAGAGAAACUAAGUAGUCGUGGAGUUCGCUCAACAAGAUUCUCUUGUCUCGGUUAUUCCAAACAUCUUUGAAGUAAGUAUUCCUGAGAGUCUCUGAAAUAAAUCUGGUGAAACCCUUAAGAACUGUCAGGCUGAUCCAGACUCCAACACAAGUGUCUUCAGCGAAGAUGAAGCUACACAUGCAUUUAUAUUCUUUGAUGUGAGUGGCUCUGGUCUUGUGUUUCAUGUGUUAUGUAUUGUCAUGCAUAUAUGAAUUUAAAUAGUUUACAUCAUCAAAGUGUUUCAUGUCCUCACUGGUUUGAGCUGAAUUAUCAUCGGAGAAGAAACUGAGGAACAUUUGUAACCUUCUUCCUCUUCAGUUUAAACUCAAUACUUCAUUUAGUUUGACUGUAGAAACUGACAUUGAGUUCCAUAACUGAAGAAUAACGUCUUUUCUUUUUUAACUCAAUAUUUGUGUUCAUGAUUGAUGCUUUAAUGGUUGUUAAUGUAAGUUACAUUUAAAUUUGCAUGGGAAAGGAAUUGCCUCUAUUUAUAAAAUGUAUUCAUCACUGAUAUGAUGUCCACCCUGUUACAUGCAGUCCUGAGUUUAUUUUAUGAUAAAUAAAUAAAAUCAACAAAC